CUAAAGUACUGUGAUAGUAUUAGUUUUAAAAAAGUUAGUAACAGUACCUCUUUCUUGCUGGAUAAAUAACUGGCUCACAUACUUCAAGAUCAUACCUACUUAUCGCACGCAUGUCUACCAUAUCUACAGAACCAGUAGGAAGUGCCAUGUGACUUUUUGUGAAACGUAAAGUUCUUUGUUUUAUCCUGGACAAUGCAGUUACCUGAGGGGUAUUUUAUAUGCAGAUGUGAACUGUCAAACAGUAGAUUUUCAAAGCUGGUUGAAGGAGGUGAGUGUGAAAUUCAGUCAGUUGAAUGAUGAACAACGUAACCAGACUGUUGACCAUAUCAUAAAACUCAGUGGAACUACACAACUUCAUCUUCUUUACAAUCGUCUUGAACAGUUGGUCUGUCUUGACUUUUUAAAAUUGUUGCCACCAGAAUUGCGAGAACAACUAUUGUUGUAUCUUGAUCCAAAAACUUUGAUGGUUUGUUGUUGCAUUAGUCGGCUAUGGUAUCAUGUAAUUAGUUCUUCUGUCAAAAUUUGGCAAAAUGCAUGUAGGAGAUAUGGCUUUCAAAUCAACAGAGACUUUCUUAGCUCAGAUGGACCAUAUUGGAAGCGUUUCUUUAUUGACAUGAAUUAUAGAAGAGUUCAACUGAGGAAAGGUCUGUGCUUUGAUCACCAUGUGUAUGAUCGUCAUCUCCGAAAGGUUACUGCUGUGUAUUAUGCUAAUGGGAAACUUGCAACAGCCUCAGAAAGCAAAAUUAUACAACUGUGGGAUUGUGAAACUAAUGUAUGUCUAUUGACCCUGAGAACAUAUGCCAGUGUAGCCUCAAUCAGAUUUGAUCAAAGCUGGAUAAUAGUGUCGUCUUACCUUGGUCACCUUGUAUCUUGGGACAUGGUUACAGGUCAGAGAACAGUGGAAUAUCAGCGGCAUGUUGGUGCAGUUUUCACAUUUGAUUACUCUAAAGACUUAGGUGUCUUGGUCAGUGGCUCAAGUGAUACAAAGAUUAAGUUCUGGUCAUUAAAAAGAGGAACACUUCUCACAACUUUACAAGAACACACGUCAUGGGUUUUGAAAGUCUUGCUUUGUUCAUUUCCAAGGUUAGACAACAGUGACAAUCGGCGUCAUCUCAUGUUUAGUAUGGACAAGAGUAAAGUUCGUGUCUGGGCUGUGAGUCUAGGCUUUGUGUGGAAAGAACCUGAAGGAUUGUAUAUCACUUCUCUGUAUAGUAUUCCACUUCAUAUGGAUGGUAUGAAUUUAUUUAUACCAGGUUUGCACUUUGACAACGCCUUCCUGUAUUUUGUUAAACAGGACCCUCAUCUACGUGGUCAUUCCUUGUUGUGUAAGUGGAAUGUGAGGUUGGGGAAAAUGGCAAGAGAGAUCAGACUUAAUGUAAAAAUUAAAGCCUUACUUGGAAUUGGAAAAAGAUAUGCUGCUGUAGUUGCACAUUUGAAUAAUUUUGGAAGCUCAAACUUUUUUGCAUUUGACAUGAACAAUUUGGAUCUGGUUGCAGUGUCAAAUCUGCCCUGUUCAAGACCGUCAACAACAGACUGCUCCCAGCUAAUUUUAGGUGAGAGGGACUGGUUGAAUGGCUUGGAUGGCAAGAAUGAUAAAGGAGUGUUGCUUGCUGCUGGAGUUGAAGAUAAUACAGUGCAUAUCAUUAAAUGGUUACCAAGAAGGCCACUUUUUUCAGACUCGAAUAAUUCAUGAUAAUCCUUUGUGAGGGUUGAAACUGAUGUAACAAGUGCCACAUUGUUGUGUUUGAACUAUGCCUGUUGUAUGAUAGUAUAUUUAAUGUAUGUGACCAAGAAUUUAGUUUGUUAAAUCUUCUAUGUUGUAAUUUUGAAUAUUUUUUGUAUUAGUUUUUAUAAGAAGAUCUUCUGUAACUGGAUCACUAGUGUACAGCCUUUGAUUCAUGUACAAUGUAUUAUUGAUGGCCAGUUGUAUUUUAAAGUUGAGAGUUAAGUAUAUUGAGUCUCAACUUUCACAGUUGUUUUUCCUGUUUAUAUUAAGGCAGUGUUUACAGACUCUGAACUUACCUUCUCUUUGAUCAUAGUAGAUUUUUAGAAAAGCCUCUAGAGGUGCACUUCAAAUACUUUAAUAAAUAGUUUGUAGUAGUUUAAUUACACUCAUUAAAUGCUCACUAGUAUCAAUAAUUAUAGGAUUGUCACUACAAACUAACACAUUUCAGAAUAUUCUAUACUUCCACAUAUCUUGGUAAACUGUCCUCCUUGACUAUCUGCCAACCCUCUUGUAGUAGAUCCUAUAUAUACUCUAGAACACUCGACAUUUAUACAUGUAGAUAAUGUUUGAGCAGUUUGGUUCACUUAUUCUAUAUAUAAACACAAAAUAGUUCCUUAUUCUGAUGGUGGGAUUAAGGAUAACUUUAAAGUUCUAUUUGCAGAUAAAUGUUGCACAGCAAAGUUUAAAGUUGUUUCUUAAUUUUAAGGUAUUUUUGCUUCUUUGGUACAUUAUAUAUACCUACUCGUUAGGGGUAAAAACUUUCUUGAUGUACUUGUUGAUUAUGCUAGUUAACACUUUCAUUGGAAAAUCAUUCUUGUUUAAAUAACAUUUAAUGUUAUUUAAUCUUUUUUUUAAAUAGUUUUAUAUUACUGGUAAGUAUAUGAGUUCUGUAUACCAAAAUUUUAUCAGAUUUUCUUUGGUAUAAAACUAUUAUAGUUACUAGAUGUACUUCUGUAGAGUCACUGAAAGUGUUC